AUGAGGGGAGCAGAUUACUGCAAUAUCCUAUCAUUAAGAAGUCUUAAAAUAGAAAGAGGUGAGCGUAGCGCAUUAGAAAAAGUCCUCGCAGCGUCUGUCGAGUUGACAGAUCAACAAUUUCGAAGGCGUAUCAAUCAUCUCACCCUCCGGGGUCUAAAAAUUGAUACCAGAAAUAACUGUGAUGAUAAGGACACUAGAAUAAAACGACGGCUGUUCCCCUUAAGUCAAUAG